AGAAAGGAAUUUCUCGAAAGAUCGCCGUAGUAAUGGUAAACAAAAAAUCGAAUCAGUUGAAAUAUUUGGAUUAAACACACCCAAAAGAUUUAUACGAUAUAUUAUAUCAAAAUAUGAAUGUCGCACGUUACAGACCAGUUUUAUAUAUGCAAUAUCUCCUUCUUUUUGUUGAUAUUUUUAUGAAUACUUUCUCAAGUUUAUUAAGAUUCCAAAAUGUUGUACUAUUAGUUCUAUAUGUGUAAGUUUUUUUAAUUAUAUAUUAAAAUAAUUGAUUAAUUAUGAAUUAAUGCCUAUUUUUCAUUCCUAAAUAGAGUUCAAGACAUCGGUAUUAUAUUUCAAGUGAUUAUUAUUUUUCUACUCUUCUUCAAUACAUUCAUCUUCCAGGCCGGUUUGGUGAAUAUUCUUAUUAGCAAAUUUAAAAUGCCUAUUCUGGCAAGUGUAACUUAUCUGGCCCUAUGCAUUGCGUUACACGUUUGGGGUUUAACUCAACGAUGGGAUGAUCCAAAGAAAGUACUAGAUGGGGCUGGUUUUCAAGUACUAUUUGUUUUCCAAAGAACUGGUGCUGUGAUAUACUACUUUUUUUACAAAAGAACCGCCCUAAGAUUGGCAGAUCCUAGAUUUUACGAAGAUUCUGAAUGGAUUGGUAGAGAAUUUGAAAAAAGACAAUGA